AUGUCAUUCACUGGUCCAAAUGGCAUCACCAACGUCUCCGGCUUCUCAAGUCAUGGAUGUGCAGUGUUCCUUAUAUAUUUCUCCUUUCUCCACUUUGUCUUUCAGGUACAGGUACUUCCCUUCUGUUUGCUCUCUGUACGUGUUAUAAGAAUUAGGAAUCUCCAGCGAGCAGAUGUGUUAAGUCCAAGUGAUUGUUACAUCAGUUUGAGGUUACUGACAGCUUCCUUUGGUGAUACCCGGACGAAAGCCAUCUCAAAUAGCAGCAAUCCAGUCUGGAAUGAAACCUUCUAUUUUAGAAUCCAGAAUGUGGUGAAGAAUGUACUAGAACUGAAAGUGUGUGAUGAAGAUACUCCCUUCAGGGAUGACCAGCUUUGCACAAUUCUUUUUGAUAUAGCUCAGCUCCAGCCUGGUGAAACAGUCUGCAGGCAUUUUGAACUGAACCAACAGAAGGAUGAGGUGCUGGAAGUGGAGUUCACUUUGGAACAGAUGCCAGAUUUUCCUGAAAGCCUUGCUACAAACGGAGUACUGGUGUCUCGGGAGCUUGGCUGUCUAAAAGUUGAGGUGGAUAGAAGAGAAAAGAAGAAAAAAGACAGAAGAGAAGAAUUCACCUUUACAGUGAAAGGAUCCCUUGAGGAUACUCAGAGCAUUUUACUGGGCAAUCGUUCUAGAUAUGCCCCACCAAACUCCACAGUGUUCCACUAUGUCAAGUACUGUAACCCACACCUGGAAGUGGAAUUUCCAAAGAAAUGCUGCAUUUGUAAUUGUUCAGAUAAAGGGCACACAAACUCCCUAACUUUGCCAUUGCAUCAGCUUCCCAUAGGAGAGAGAGUGAAAAUAUCAAACGACAAAGCAUAUGAUGUAUUUGUGACAGCAGAAAACUGCCAGAAUGACCUAGACAUGCGCUUGGGAUUUGAUGUAUGCCCAGAGGAGCAGGACUUCAUUUGUAAGCGCAAGAAAUAUGUUGCUGCUGCUUUGAAAAGUGCUCUUAAUCUUCAAGAAGAUCUGCAGGAUGAUGAGGUUCCCAUUGUGGCUGUGAUGACAACAGCAGGUGGCGUAAGAUCCAUGACUGCGAUGUACGGCAGCCUGUUAGCUCUCCAGAAGCAGAAUCUCUUAGACUGUAUUUCAUACAUUGCUGGUUUAUCUGGCACAACAUGGACUAUGACAAAUUUAUAUGAAGAUGCCAAUUGGUCGCAAAAAGAUUUGGAAGCGCAUAUCAGUGAUGCUCGGAAACACGUCAUGAAAAACAAACUUUCCUGUUUUUCUCGGAGGCACUUAACAUACUAUGAAAAGGAAAUCUGUCAGAGGCACCGAGAUGGAUAUAAGCUAUCUUUUAUAGAUCUCUGGGGGCUCAUUAUUGAAUCCUUGUUUAAUGAUGAGCCCAAUCAUCACAAGCUCUCAGAUCAACGGCAGGCUGUGAAUCUGGGUCAGAACCCACUUCCCAUCUACCUUGCUCUCAAUGUCAAAGAAAGAUACAGCACUCUAGAUUUUAAAGAGUGGGUGGAAUUUACUCCCUAUGAAGUAGGCUCCUUGAAAUAUGGAGCUUUCAUUAAUGCGGAACAUUUUGGAAGUGAGUUCUACAUGGGCCACUUGACAAAGAAGCUGCCGGAAUCUGAACUCUGUUACAUGCAAGGCAUGUGGAGUAAUAUAUAUUCCCAAAGUUUGCUGGAUGCAUUGUAUUUAGCUGACUGUUCAGAAGACUUCUGGCACAGGUGGACAAGAGACAGAGUGGUGGAUAUUGAAGAUGGUACUCUGCCCAGCAUGCCUCGCCGGCCAGAUGUGCAGCCAACACGCCUCUUCACCCCCAGCGGAAGCCUCACCGAUGUGCUUAGAGAUGUUGUAACAAUGCGGCCAAUUGUUGCACAAUAUCACAAUUUCAUGAGGGGCCUCCAAGUCAACGAUAAAUACUUGGAGAAUGACAGGUUUUCAAUGUGGAAAGAUACUGUACUAGAUAAUUUCCCCAACAAGUUGAAUGAAACACCGGAAUAUUUGGGACUGACAGACACAGCUUUUUUCAUCAAUACCAGCUGCCCACCGCUUCUGAGGCCAGAGAGGAAAGUGGACCUUAUUUUGCAUUUAAAUUAUAGUGGAGGAUCACAGACAUUGCCAUUGGAUCUAGCUACAAAAUACUAUGCGGAGCAGGCCAUUCCAUUCCCCAAGGUUGUGCUGACAGAUGAAGACAGGAAGCAUCUCAAGGAAUGCUACCUCUUUGACAAGGCAGAGAGUCCAAAGGCUCCCAUAUUGCUGUAUUUUCCCCUGGUAUGCGAUACCUUCCAAAGAUACAAAGCUCCUGGUGUAGAACGCAGUCCUAGUGAGAUGGAGGAAGGCCAAGUUGAUGUCAGCAGUGAAGUAUUAACCCCAUUUGCUACUGGCAUGCUGCAGUAUUCAGAGGCUAAUUUCAACAAGCUGUUAAAUUUGACCAACUACAAUAUCCUCAAUAAUCAACAUAUGAUUCUUCAGGCUCUGCAUACAGCAGUGCAACGAAAGAAGCAGCAGAAGCAACAGUCUCUAUUACUCUCUUCUUAACCCUCUCCAAACGUAUUUUCUGCAUUUUCUGCCACUGGCCAGUAUUACAGAAAUGGGAAGUUGCUAAUUAUUA